CUUUCCCUGCCAGCUGAGGUGAGGGAGAGCGUGCGAGGCAGCGGGAAGGCGAGCGCUGCGGCUGCCGUGCUGUCCCCGACCGACCCGGGAAGAGGGGCAGGGAGCGCUUUCGUGCCUCAGGCGGGGGUGCGUGCCCGGUGCUUCGGAGGCGGGAGUCGGGGCACCAGCCCAAGGAAGGACGGGGCGGGGGGCGUCAGUUGGGAAAGGGAGGGGGAGCGAGGAGUCGCUCGCCCCCACCGCACGCCCGCCCGCGCGACCCUGGUCCUCCGCUUCACCCCGCUGGAUAGGCUGAGGGAGACGCUGCGGCGGCGGCGGAGGCGGCGGAGGCGGCUCCUGCGGGGGGGAGGACGAGCCCGGAGAGAAGAGGAGGAAGAGGAGGCGAAAGAGAAAGCGGCUGCGGGAUUCUCUGCCUGGCGCCCAGCCGGCCCGAGGGAAGCCCCCAGGAUGCGGCUGCAACCAAGCGUCGUCUUGCGCUUCUACAGCCUCUGCGGGAUCCUCAUCCAAGUGGCUGCUACAAAGAGCAAAGUUAAAGGCAGCCAAGGGCAGUUUCCACUCACACAGAAUGUUACAGUUAUCGAGGGGGAAACAGCAACUUUGACCUGUAGGGUUGAUCAAAAUGAUAACACCUCCCUCCAGUGGUCAAAUCCAGCUCAACAGACCCUGUACUUCGAUGACAAGAAAGCUCUGAGGGACAAUAGAAUUGAGCUGCUACGAGCUUCAUGGCAUGAACUGACCAUCAGAGUCACUGAUGUGUCACUGUCAGAUGAAGGGCAAUACACCUGUUCUUUAUUUACUAUGCCUGUCAAGACUUCCAAGGCUUUCCUCACUGUUCUUGGAGUUCCAGAAACACCUCAGAUUAGUGGAUUUACUUCACCAGUUAUGGAAGGUGAAAGGAUGGAGCUUACAUGCAAAACCUCUGGUAGCAAGCCAGCUGCAGAUAUCAGAUGGUUCAAGAAUGACAAAGAGGUGAAAGAUGUUAAAUAUUUAAAAGAAGAGGAUGCAAAUCGGAAAACAUUCACUGUCAGCAGCACAAUGCAUUUCAGAGCAGAUCGUAGUGAUGAUGGUGCAGUUGUAAGUUGCAGAGUAGAUCACGAAUCAUUGAAUUCAACGCCUCAAAUAGCAAUGCAAGUUCUAGAAAUACACUAUAUACCAUCAGUUAAAAUAAUACCUUCCACAUCAUGGCCAGUAGAAGGACAAUCUAUAACUUUGAUUUGUGAAUCCAAAGGAAAGCCACUGCCAGAUCCAGUAUUAUGGACAAAAGAUGGUGGAGAAUUACCAGACCCAGAAAGAAUGGUUGUCAACGGUAGGGAGCUAAACAUUAAUUUCCUAAAUAAAACGGACAAUGGUACAUACCGAUGUGAAGCAGAAAAUACUAUUGGCCAAAACAGCGCAGAGUAUGUCCUGAUUAUUCAUGAUGUUUCCAACAUUUUGCUUCCUACCACUGUCAUCCCCUCCCUUACCACUGCAACAGUCACAACCACUGUAGCCUUAACAAGCACAGUCCCAUCGGCAACAGCCAUCAACACCCGAGACCCCAAUGCUUUGGCUGGACAGACCGGACCGGACCAUGCUCUUAUAGGAGGCAUAGUGGCUGUAGUUGUCUUUGUCACGCUAUGUUCUAUAAUUCUGCUUGGUCGAUAUCUGGCAAGACAUAAAGGAACAUAUUUAACAAAUGAAGCUAAAGGAGCUGAAGAUGCACCUGAUGCAGAUACAGCCAUUAUCAAUGCAGAAGGCAGCCAAGUCAACGCAGAAGAGAAGAAGGAAUAUUUCAUAUAGAUGCAGACUUAGGCUCUCUGAGUAUUAGUCACCAGGCUGACUGCUGGAGAAAACUGGCUCCCAUCUUCAGCAUUCUUUUCUCCCAUCCUUUUGCUACCUUUAGUAAUGUAAACAACAGCUUUCAGUAGCCAGUUUAUGCCAACAAUCAGCUGUGGACAGCAUUUUUCUUUAAUUAUGGCACCAUUCAUAAUGCAGGACAUUUCUUACGGCCUAAAUGUCAUAUCCGUUGCUCUCUUAACAUACAGUGCUUGAAUAUACAGCCUUAACAAUGUUAAUCAUCUUCUCAGUUCAUGUUGUUCAGUUUUUUCUAUAUAUUUUUAAAUGGUAUACAGAGUUUCUUUUUUUCCAUUGUUUUUUCCCCAAGGUCCUUACCAGUAUUUCACCAAUCAUUGUCAUAGCAAAAUGUUUUUUAGGUGAGGACCCAUAUGUACUUACGAAAAGCAUUACAAUGAAGAUUAGAGGUUUACAAAGAAUGUUUUAUAUAUGUCUAUAAUUCAAAAUCAGCCUAGUUUUGAAAUAUUAUGCCCUAGAAAACACCAAUGGAGAGCAUUCUAGCAUAGUUUCUUGUGUGUUUGUUUGGAAAUGAUAGUGAGUGGGGUGUGAACCAACCUUUUUGUUUAACAGAACAUUGGUACUAAAGUUCCACCAGGAUAGUAACCACACCAUGCAGUCUAUCUGUACAAAAUCUGAAGAGCUGACUUGCAUAGUUCCAUUUUGAAAACAUUUGUCCAGCUCUUUUACUACUUUUAGGGUUCUUAGGACUUCUAUAUCUAUUACUAUCAUUUCUGUUUUCAUUUUAAUUUAUUUGCUUCACAUGGGCUCACCUGCCUACUCAAAUUUGAUGUGUUCAUGGGGCACAACUACAAGGCAUUUUAGUAUCUGUAUAUAGUGCAUAUAAUAAACCAAUUAAACAUUAUUUGAUACAUAUUUAACUUUGGGGCUGUAGGUAAGUCAGUCACAAGUAAGCAUUUUCUAAUGUCCAUUAUAUCCCUUUAGAUAUGACUUAAAUUAAUAUUCUGAGUAGAUAACAUGUAUUAGUACUUUUUGUCUGUAUGUCCUAGCACUGUUCAGCAGCAGACUUUUUCUAGUUCCAGUUAAUUUUUCUUUGUUAUACAAUGGAAGCACAAUGUUAUAUGGAAAGGUAGUUUUAAGCUAACAACCAGUGCACAGCCUCAGGUUUUAAAUUACAACCACAUUAAUGAUUAAUGGUUAAGUUGCUAAAAUUUUCAAUUUAUAAUUUGGCAGUUCCAGAGCUGCUUAUCUAUGUUGGAUUUGCCAAAACACAAACAAACAAAAAUGUUACAACAAAAGCUCUAUGUUUUGUGUAUAUGGUAAAUGGACUAAUUCUUUAUAUUAAAUUCCUGUCUAUGCAUUUUGUGAGGUACAAACUUAUGUCACGUUGAAUGAUAGAGAAUUUCUGCCAUGCUUUUAGCUCUACAGUAAAGACCUCUCUGAGAUCAUUCCCAAACUGUGGGGCAAAAAUGACAGUUUAAAAAACACCCCUCAGGAUUUAAACAUACCAUAAUGUAAUACGAUUGGCUUGAUUUCUUUCCCCUCAAAAUAAAAACAUUACCAGAUGAGCUCUUCCCUAUUGGUUCCAUGUUAGAAGAUUAAAAUCAGCAGAGACUUUCAUCUCCUAAGUGCUGCACCUUAGAAAAAGGAAUAUUUCUAUAUGGAUGCUAUUACUGGUGAAGUCUAAAAGCAUAAUGGCCUAUUGUAAAGAAUUAUCUCCGGGGAUUUAUUUUUUGUGUGGGGGAGGGAAUGAGGGAGGGUAGCAUUUGAUUAUGGCAUCACGUGUCGCAGUAAAUGGAAAUCAAAGGUGCUGUGUCAGAUUAUUUAUCAGAAGAGUAUACACCUUUUAAGGACAAUAGUAGAGUUUUUAAAUUGUUUAUUGUUGAGGGAAAAUAUUUGCCAUGUUAAUUUCUACAAAAAAAGAAUUGAGAGACCAUCAAUCAAGCAGCACUUUUUCAAAGUAUACAGAACAUAAAUAAUAUGAUGUGGUUGAGUGUUAACAUAAUAAAUCAUAUACAGUAUGACAUUUUAAAGAAA